UUGGCGACACAAACCACACCACAACAGGCCCAGACGGAUUCUGAUCCACUGCCACAAGCUUCGUCAUCAAAGGAGCAAGAAUCGACAGAAGUUAAAGAUAUAAUUAGAGAAAGAUUUGAAAAGGAAGCACAAUUACCGAUUGCAAUAAAUGGUGCAGACCCCGAACAAAUCGAUAAAGUUAAAGCAGAGAUAGAAGAAUAUAAACAAAAUAUUAACAAAAUGCUCGAUGAAUUUGAGAG